UGUACAACUUAAAGUGAUAAAAGAUCAGUAUUCCUCAGCGCAAUCCCAUAAUGCUGGAGGUGUCGGCAGAAGAAGCGCAGUACUUCAGGAUAAACUGUAAACCCAGAAAACUGUUCCAAAACUUGCCAAACUCAUCGAGAACAUUCGGAGAAAGAAGACAUCAUGGCUGGAUUUUCAAAUGCCUCCACGUUUAUUAAAAUAGACGAAAAGACACUCGACACAGGUACCAUACGACGUUUGGUCAUCUUCUGCUUGUGGACACUGACGUCAUUUCUUUGUCACCAAACCGCUAAAGCCUUUCUUCGCAACGGCAGUACUUACUUACAGGACCAAGGUAUUUUUCUUGCCUUUAUUCUGACUCUCACACAAGGCCUGGCGUGUUUCUCACUUGUCGAUAUCCAUCAACAAAAGGACAAACUGUUCUACGUGAUGACCCUGUCGCACUUGGCUGCCACCUUUGCCACAAACUGCAGCAUGGCCUUCAUGACCGCUUCCUCCACGUUCGCCAUCAAACUGAUGGAGCCCAUUACAAGUGCUGUGGUUCAGCGUCUCGUGCUGGCAACAUCUCUUUCCAGAUCCACUCUCAUCAGCCUGCCACUGAUCGUCUCGGGAGCUGUCGUCUUCGCUGGAAACCCUUUAGCGACGUCUUCACUAUCCAUGGGUGUACUAAUGGCGUUAGCCUCUAACAUUAUCUUGGCAGUCAGGAAUGUUGCCAUGAAAUUAAGACAAAAUAAUUCCAAGAACAUAACACUUCGGUCUACUGUGCACAUCUGGUGUGUUGUAAGUGGCGGCGUAGCAAUCAUCACAGCAGUAUAUAUACUGGAGGCUAGAGAAAUUCUGCCACACAGAGCGACACUGAUUAUUGGAAUGAUGUUCAUGUCCAGCUUCUUCCACGUGGUCUACUCGUAUGUGUCUACCAACAUCGUCCUGCGAUACAUGUCGGUGGUGAGUCACGCCGUCAGCAACAUCUUCAAAAGAGUCAUCGUCGUCCUUCUUCUGUACAUGGUUGGACAAAGACAUGCGACUCGUUGGAACUUUGCAGGUUUAGUUGUCUGCACACUGGGACUUCGGUUAUAUAUCAGAGGAAAGAACAAAAGAAAUGAGAAAUCACUUACAGAUUCAUCCAAACAAAUGACCUUAUCCUACAAAAAGACGUUGCUUGUCAUUUUAGCAAUGUUUAUCAUUGGAGUAGUUGGGAAUGCUGUUUACACUGGUGUGAUCUGCACAGAAUCACUAUCAGCCAAAAUGUUUAUUUACAAUCCUGACGAAUUUGAAUCAAAAGCAUUUAAAGACGGAUCAUUUGAAAACAACUCGCUUAAAUUAAUGAAUGAAAGCCAAAUAAAGCACUUCUUUCAAUGGCGACUUUUGGAUCAUAAGCUCAAAACAAAUCUUCUAGCUCCGCUUUUGCCAACCAACAUUGAAAUAAUACGCGAGGCACAAAGAGUACAUUUUAAUCUAUUCAGAGAAGUGAUUGGCAAAUUUAAGUACGCUAUGCUCCUUGAUGUUGCAGCUUUUGAAAAUAAAGGUGACCCAGCCAUUACUGCUGGUGAAGUCCUCUUACUGCGACGUUUGGGUAUCCAAGUAAUUUUUUACUGCAGCUGCCUUCAAUGCGAGAAUACUAAGUUGCAAGACUACGCCGAGAAAAUGAGUAAACGGUACUCCAAUAAAGAGCUUGUCAUAUUGUUUCAUGGUGGAGGAAAUCUUGUAGGGUAUUCGUUGAAUGAUAACCUCAGGGGACGCCUAUUUCCCAGGUUUAAGGGGUUCAAGAUGGUAAUAUUCUCACAAAGUGUAUUUGUUCGUAAACAUCUUUAUGAGGGAAGUCACUUUGAUUACUGCCAGAAGCUGUACUGCUGUAACCCAAACCUCACGAUCGUGCUGAGAGACAAGCAGUCAUUCGGGAUCGCCUUGAAAUACUGGAAUAACGGUACUAACUUUAUACUGGCACCUGACAUGGCCUUUCAGAUUGGUGCGGUCAAUCGGUUCAUGUAUCCUUCUUACGACAUAAUGUGGCUCAAACGGAAAGACGAAGAGGCACCCAAGUACUUGUGCAAAACACUGAUGUUUCCGAAUAACGUGACUGUUAGAGUUUCUGACUGGUUGGGUUGGAAAACUACCGAGGGUUCGACGACAAUGGAAACCGCUUUCCUACAGGCGAACAAUGGACUCGUGUUUCUACAACGAGGGCGAGUGGUCAUCACUGACCGUCUCCAUGGUCACAUUUUAAGCACGCUGUUGAACAUACCCCACGUGUUGAUUGAUAACCAGUACAAGAAACUGUCUUCCUACCAUAACACAUGGACAAGGAGUCUUCACAAUGUGUUAAUAACGAACGAUUCAUCGAAAGCAUUUCCACUUGCCUUGACAUUAUUAGAAAGAUUCAAAAACGAGCUUCCAUCAAUUGCUCCUAUAAUGGAGGUGAGGGAAUUCUCCAAUUCAAGAAGUAAAAAGCCAGCUAAAUGGUUUUUGGGAGUUUCUUUGUGGGUGUCUUGUUGUUUCAAUUGUUUAUUUAUUUAUUUAUUAUAUUGACAAUGGUAUCGUUUACAGAACAUAUAUUACAAAAUAUAAAGAAAAAAUCAAUAUACACAUAACACGUAAUUAAUUACAAACAGUAAUUACAAAAGUAUGUACAGUUGAUUUUUGAGGAAAUUAUAACAUGUAUUUAAAUAUAUGGGCUAUUUCACAGCAGGUCUCCUAUUUACACGAUUUGUAUAUUUAUAGACAUAUUAAAAACUGGUUGUUAAUUUAAUUGUACAAUUUGAUUUAACUGGACACUAAAUUUAAUUCCAAAGAAGGUAAAAUUCUUUUGUGACCAUUUUAAGUGUUUAUCUUUACAUAGAUUAUGAGUAUUAUUUGAAUUUGAUCUGAUCCAAAUAGCAAUAGUUUUUUCAAUAUUUGGUUUCAAUCCUGAGAAUUUAGAAAAUUGAUCUAUUAAAUUUAAUGUGUUCCUUAGUGAAGCUUCUGUCCCAUCGAGUGUUAUAGCUGUAUCGUCUGCAUACUGCAUUAUUUUAUAUUCUCUUUUUUCUAUCACUAUUCCUUUAAUUGACUCCUCCUUUCUAAACAAGUUUCCCAUGAUCUCAGCGCACAAUAUAAAAAGAUAUGGUGCUAUUGGGUCCCCUUGUCUACAUCCCCUCCCUACUGGAAUUUGUUUAGUAAAAACACCAUUUUGAAUUACAAUUAACAUAUAGUCCUUAUUUAAUAUAUUGACCCAUUUUAUAAUGUCCUCGCCAUAGUUUAAAAAAUUUAAGGUUUUGUUAAUAAAUUCCCAAGAUACUGAAUCAAAAGCUUUCUCUGCCGGAAUAUUAUUUUCACUAGUGUAAUGCAUCAGACCAUAUAAUAAUCUGGUAUUUUCGGCUAUACACCUGCCUGCUAGGAAACCCUUUUGAUUUUCAUGAAUUAAUUUAUCUAUAGAUUGUUUUAUUCUAUUGGCUAUACAGCCAGAAAUGAUUUUAUAAGUGGUAUUGAGUAAAGAUAUUGGUCUCCAUUUUUUUAGAACAUCACGGGGUUUGUUUACUUUUGGCAACAGAGUAAUAAUGCCUUAUUUUUUAGUUAUUGACAGAUCGCCAAUUUCAAAUUCGACUGUGAACCCACCUGGCCCCGGCGUUUUAUUAUUUUUCAUAUUUUUUUAAUACAUACAAUGCCUCACUUGCUGUUAUUUGACCUACAUAUUCGCUAACAUUUUCAAUUUUGGGAAUAUUUGUAUUUCUAAAAACCUCAUCUAAAUCAAUAUCUAUUAGAUAUUCUUCCUGUGACAUAUAUAGUUUUCGAGUAGUACGAUCCGGCUUCUUCCAAUAUUUGAUUUUGUUCAAUAAUAAUGUUACUAGCCUCACAAACAAGUUGGGUUAUAAUUUUAUUUACAUAGUUUCUUUUUUUCUAGAUUUAAAAAAUAUUUCGAUGGCUUUUCUACGUCUUCUAUCCACCUAGCUCGGCUUCUUAAAAUUAAACUCUUCAUAUAUUCUUUUCUAUCUAAUUCCUCCUGUUUUUUCUUUUCUUCCGACCAUUCAACAAAUAUCUUUGAUUCAGGAUUUUUAUCCACUAACUCAGUUAAAAAAUUAAUUCGUUGUUCCAGUUGUUUUCUUUUUAUUUCCUUUUCCUUUUAAAGAGCUGCACUAAAACUGAUUGACAUGCCCCUUCGUUUUGUAAGGAGGAUUUCCAAAAAUAGAUGGUCACUUAUCAUAAAGGAUAUAGGAUGUGGGUCUGCAGACAACAGGUAAUUUCUGUCAUAGGGAAGUAAAGCAUACUCCUCUAUUACUGUAUAAUAACCGAUUUCACACGUUCGACAUACUGAGUAUUAUAUAAUAGGGAGUUGUUAAAAGUCGGAAAGUUUUAUAAAGGUCUCUAUGGCAUUAUGGUCUGUUUUAUACCCGGGAACAAAACUAGUUUUUAAGAUACAAGAUAAUAAUUCUUCUGUUACGAGGAAAAAAUCCAGCCUUGCUUUUUUUAAUGGUGAUUUCCUUGACCAUGUGUAUCGUCUAUUUUCUGGGUUAUUUAUUCUCCAUGAAUCAUAUAAAUUAAAUUAAUUCAUAAUUUUUAGUAUCUCAUUACGGGCCUGAGGGUUGUUUCUGUGUUUAUAGUUAUAAGUAUCCAACUGUUGGUCAAGUACAAGAUUGAAAUCCCCACAGACAAUAUUAAAUUCAUUAUCAAAUUCUUCAAUAGAUUCAGAAACAGUUUUAUAGAAAUCAGGAGUGUCUUUGUUUGGGCCAUAUAUACUAGUAUUUACAAUAGUUAUUCUGUAGAAGCUCGUUUCUAUUUCAAUAACUAGUAACUUGCCCUUAUCGUCACAUUUUGUUCUAACCAAUUUAUAUUCAAAGUUAGACUUAAAAAGAAUUGCUACUCCCCUGGAGCUGCUAUUUAAACGAAUUAUAAAGGCAUGCAUAACCCACUGUGCUCUGAUAUAUGCGUUUUGACUAUUUUCGAAAUGUGUAUCUUGUAAACAAGAAAUGGAACAGUCCAAUUUUCUAAGAUAAUUAUGUCAUGUUAUGUCAUAGGGUUAUACGUGCACAUUCAGAACAAGCUGUUGUAAUGCACGCCUGUCGUGGGCACAAGAGCCGGCCUUGGCCGGCUCCUCCGUCCAUGACAGGAAAGGUGGGGGAGG